UGUUUUUCCGGUGACAGCAGGGGAAUGACAACAUCGGUAGACGGCCCUUCUUCCAUUCAACCCGACUACAAAACAUCGACAAAAAACUGCGUAGUUUGACAGGCGUGGAGUAAGUUUGGAAGUCUAGCAGCAGGAAGCAGUCUGCCUUUGGAUUUAGGCUCCCGUUUUUGGAGAAAUUAUUCUUUAUGUGCCACUGGGAGCAGCAGCAGCAGCAGCAUGGCAGAUGACAAGGACGUGCUGAGAGACGUUUGGUUUGGCCGGAUACCCACCUGCUUUACUCUGAACCAGGAUGAGGUUACUGAGAGAGAGGCCGAGCCCUACUAUCUGCUGUUGCCCAGGGUGAGCUACCUGACACUGGUUACAGACAAGGUGAAAAAACACUUCCUCAAAGUGAUGAGGGCAGAGGACGUGGAGGAGAUGUGGUUCGAGUACGAAGGAACACCACUGAAAUGGCACUAUCCAAUUGGAGUUCUGUUUGACCUUCAUGCCUCUAAUAAUGUGUUACCCUGGAGCAUCACUGUGCACUUUAAGAAUUUCCCAGAACACGACCUGCUCCACUGCCCAUCCAACUCUGUGAUAGAGGCUCACUUCAUGUCCAGCAUCAAGGAGGCUGACGCCCUGAAGCAUAAGAGUCAAGUUGUGAACGACAUGCAGAAGAAAGACCACAAACAGCUGUGGAUGGGCCUGCAGAAUGAUAAGUUUGACCAAUUCUGGGCCAUGAACAGGAAGCUGAUGGAAUAUCCCACCGAGGAGGGAGGCUUCAGAUACAUCCCCUUCAGAAUAUACCAGACAAUGAGCGACAGGCCGUUCAUCCAGAAACUGUUUCGCCCCACUUCACCUGAAGGCAACGCGCACACGCUCGGCGACCUGCUGAAGGAGAUGUACCCAGACGCUCUAACAAACGAUGGUAAGUCCCCGCACAAAGGGACAAGGUGGGUAAACACAUUGCGUCACUCUUCGUAUCCAACCGCAUACUUGUCGGUAAUCUCCUUCGGUGAUGGUAGAAAAUAAUAAUAACAACAGUAAUGCCGUCAAGAAUAAUUUUACCGUAACAUCACACACUCAUAGGUCUGUCAUGCCAGACAUUACCAGCAGCUUACAGUGAGGAUUAAAGUAGCAGCCGUGUUUUAUCCUUGGCUUUCUUAUCAAAUGUGGGUCAUGUUGUCUUC